CCGGCGGCUCGCCCUCCGGCCGACGCUCACCGGGUCCUUGGCCACCGUGAAGAGGAGGUCUCCCUCGCGGUUGUACUUAAUCUGCGUAAUGGACCGCUCAUGGCCCUGCAGCAGGAUCGGCUUCUGUGGGGACAGGACGGGAGUGUCAGCGCCCAGAAUCGGCCCCGGCCCGGACCCCCAGGGCAACAAAUCUAACUCAGGGGAACUCACCAUGCCGGCGGUGACGCGAGGAAAAACGCAACGCGAGCAGAACCGGAAAAGGCUUUGGCACCACUUCCGGAUUACGGGUCUCCGCCCCUUCGUUCCCGGAAGUGGAGAGGAGCGGCGUUGCCAUGGCGGCGACCCUGGGGCAGGUGCUGGCUCUGGUGCUGGUGGCCGCUCUGUGGGGUGGCACACAGCCGCUGCUGAAGCGGGCCUCCUCGCACCUGCAGCAGGUUCAUGAGCGGACCUGGGCCCGGCAGUUGCUGCAGGAGACAAAGACCCUCUUCUUGAAUACUGAGUACCUGCUGCCCUUUUCCCUCAACCAGUGUGGCUCCCUUCUCUACUACCUCACCUUGGCAUCAACAGAUCUGACCCUAGCUGUGCCCAUCAGUAACUCUCUGGCCAUCAUCUUUACACUGAUUGUUGGGAAGGUCCUUGGAGAAGAUAUUGGUGGAAAACGAGCAUUCGCAGGCAUGGUGCUCACCGUGGCAGGAAUUACACUCUGCAUCACAAGCUCAGUGACCAAGACCCAGGGGCAACCAUCUACGCCUUGAGUGGACCAAGGCCACCCUCCGGCUCUGCUGUCUCCAGGACGCCCCUGGGCCAUGAGGUAGAGGCAGUGAGCAUGCAGACUUAGCCCUCCCACCCCCCUCCACUCCCCAGCCUCAGCUUCCUCAUCUCUUGGGAUAAUAGCUACCUCAUGGAUCAUAAUAAGAGAACAAAAGUGAAAGGGUUUUGUAACUUCCACGUGCUGUUCACCUGCUGCUCGGAUUUAGCACAAGAGACUUCACACGCACCCUCACCCUCAGCGACCUUUCUGUCCCAGCAGCACACUUCCUGCUGUCAUGUCAGGCCCCAGGCCCCAGGCCUGCCACUGUUCCUGUGCCUGACCCAGACUAUCCCAGCAGCUGGUUGGUGGACCGCAGAACUCCAGCCGCAAGAAGAGAGCCAGCUACAGUCUUUGAGCCAGCAAUGCAAACAGGAGGGCUCCAGGGCUCAGCCUUGGCUGGCUGAGGAGGGAACUGAGGGGAAGGUGCAUAAGAACAGCAGACGUUGGGGAGAGGAGUUUGCUGUUAGCCUUGCCUGUCCCUCCUGUGAGGUGGGUGCCGGCCCCUCUCAAACAGAUCGACAUCUAUGGGCCCCCGUACUGCCAGACCCCAACGUAUGGAGCAAUGCCAGGUGAGCGGAAGUCUGUAAUAAAUGUGUAGUAGACAGAUG